CAUUAGUGUAACAUUAUACGUAAUUAAAGUGUAAUAAAGUGAUUGGUGUACUGAAUAGUGUGAAAUGGUGAUGUGUUGAGUGAAAAUGUCGGCCGGUGUGUGGGACUUGAUGCCGGUUCGGUGUCGGUGGAUUGAAACGCUGAGGCAUUGCGGCAAAACGCUGCUGCGCCGCCAACGAAGGAUACUGAGGCGUAUUAAAAAGGUGUACCUACACAGUUGGCGCUCCGCAGACGAGCUGAACAUGUUGGUGGGUGCGAAGGUCGGCGGCACGACUCCGCUGGUGAUCGCCUGCCGGAAUGGCCACUACGACGUAGCCGAGUACCUGAUCGAGAGGUGUAAGGCGGACAUCGAGCAGCCGGGCUCCGUGACGUUCGACGGGGAGACGAUAGAGGGCGCGCCCCCUCUGUGGUGUGCGGCCGCUGCGGGCCACCUGCCCCUGGUCAAGUUGCUGGUCCGCGCUGGCGCGAACGUCAACUCUACCACGCGCACACACAGUACACCGCUCCGGGCCGCGUGCUUCGACGGACACUACGAUAUUGUUAAGUUCCUAGUCGAAAAUGGCGCCGACAUAGAAAUAGCCAAUCGCCAUGGACACACGUGCCUGAUGAUCGCGUGCUACAAGGGGCACAUUAGAAUCGCCAAAUAUCUACUUUCAUUAAACGCAGAUGUCAAUAGGAAAAGUGUUAAAGGCAACACAGCAUUACACGACUGUGCUGAGAGCGGGUCGCUACAUAUACUCAAGAUGCUGUUGGGGCACGGCGCGACGAUGGAUGUUGAUUCUUAUGGUAUGACGCCCCUCCUAGCCGCAUCUGUCACAGGCCAUACACACAUAGUGGAGCAUUUAAUUAGCGUAGAAUAUGGUUUAGUUACGAGACAGCAGCGGAUCGACGCGUUGGAACUACUCGGCGCGACGUACGUCGACAAACGAAGGGACAUGGUCGGCGCUCUAUCGUUAUGGAAACGGGCAAUGGACGAUAGAUUUCCUGCCGAUGGCAGUCAGCCAAUACCCAAGCCAAAAGACGUGCCUCGCAUAGAGGCGUACGACUUCGCGGUGGAACCGAGCGAUGUGCGGCAACUGGAGGAGAUCCUAGCGGACCCUGAUGCGAUGAGGAUGCAGGCGCUUGUCAUUAGAGAGAGGAUACUUGGGCCGGCGCACCCGGACACGUCGUACUACGUGCGGUACCGCGGCGCGGUGUACGCGGACGCUGGCCGGUUCGCUCGCUGCCGCCAGCUGUGGCACCACGCGCUCGACAUGCAGCGCGCCGUGCUGCCGCCGCUCUCGCCUCUCACGCAGUCCUCGCUCUACAGCUUCGCCGAGCUCUUCUCCUACAUGCUGGCCGAGCGUGCGCGUCCCCCGCUCAGAGGUCGUAUAGUUCCACCGGUGACGAUUGAUGAUGUAGAACCAGUAUUCACUAAAGCACUAUCAGAGAUCGACAGAGGCAUGGAGCUUCUAGAGUGUUCUAAACUAAGUAUUGACAGAGAACAAACACUGACAACUCUACAGAGGGUGCUAGUGAUAUCACUCCAACUAGCUACUGUGAUGGCAAGGCUGCUCUCCGAGCCGGAGUGUACGGAAGCAGUCUCCAAUAGAAUUCAUAAGGCUGUGUACUCGCUUGUUAAGUUAGAUAUUAAGGUGCGACAGGGGCGGUCGGCGCUGCACGUGGCGUGCUCGGCGGCGGCGCGCGCGGGCGGCGGCGUGUGGCUGCAGGCCCUGCCGCCCGCCGCCGCGCCCGCGCCCGCCGCCGACGCGGGCCCCGCGGGCCCCGGGGGCCCCGCCGCCGCCGCGGGCCCCGCGCCCGCCGCCGCCGCCGCCGCGCCCUCCGGCCCGCACGAGGCGGCGCCCUGCUGCGGCGCGCUCGUGUCGCUCAUGCUGCGGCUCGGCGCUUCGCCCGACGCGCGCGAUGCUGAUGGCAACACGCCGCUGCAUCUCGUCUGCAAGCUGAAGCCGUGCCCGGCGGAGGUGGUGACGGCGCUGCUGCAGCACGGCGCGCACGUGGACACGGUGAACUACGACGGGCACACACCCGAGCUGCUGCUGCGCGCCUCGCACCAGAGCCUGGCCGCGCUCGUCAACCCGCUGCGGUACACCACGCUCAAGUGUCUCGCUGCGCGUACCGUCAAGAACUACCGCCUGCCCUACCGGCACGUGCUGCCGCAAUGCCUCCACGCCACCGUCAUCACGCACUGAGCUUCCGGUAACACUCUUGUUUAAUCUCCCGGACGUGUCGUUAAUUCCCCGGACAUGGGCAGUAUACAGGCUGCUCCUCGGAUUCUCUGGACCGCCACGUGCCGCUGCGCCAUCGUCAUGACGCUCUCAUCUCCGGUAACAUGAGUGUCUUGUCUUGCGGACGUAGCGGUAUACAGGCUGCUCAGAUUCUCUACAUCAUAUAGCAGAGAUCUAUCAAGAUCUGCAAAUUGACGCAGCAUGACCGAACGGCAGUUGUAGGACGUGGUAUACUUUUCACUAACUUACAGGCCGAUUUCAUUAUGUAUACUGAACCUACGGUAAUACUCUUGUCUUAUAUCCCGGACGUGUUAUCGCUUCUCCGGAAAUACAGGCUCCUCUUAUGUCCUGGAUAAUAUAGUCACAAAUGUCGGACACAUAGGCAGUACAGGAUGUUCGUCGGACUAUCUGGAUCAUAGUCACAAUUCUGGACACGAUGCGUCAAUAUACAGAGACGGUUUCCUAUUAACUGGGCGUGGUGUACUUUUCACUACCUAAGAGGCCGAUUUUAUUGUGUUACCACUUCUCCAGACAAAGGCCAUUACUUUUUAUAAGACAUAUUAUUACUUCUGUUUUUUAAUGUUAUCGCUCUAUCAGA